AGCACGAUGGAGUGGAUGAUGAUGAACAUGGACCGCUUCUUCGCCCCGACCAUCCAGCUGGGCGGUUACGUGGGCGAGGACAAGUAUGUGGUCGCACCCAACUGUCGAGCCAAAGUAGAAGAGAUUCUUCAUCGCUUGAAUCAGGACAAAGCAAGAUGGCACUUCAGAAGAUCAUUAUUUAUGAACAAGAUAAUAUCGAAGAAUUUGCUGCCAACUUUAAUUCAUGUGAAAGAUGAUAGAGGAGUAAUGGAAGCAAUCAUCAAGGUGUUACAAGAGCUGAUGACGCCUGUGGAAUGCCUCAUGCCGGUGGAGAUAAUGGGAAGAAAUUACGAGGGUCGCCACAUUGUACAUGAACUGGAAUCGUCCAUAGUAAUGACUAAGAAACUAUUCCUAGACACCCGCGUCACAAAAGCUCUCAUUGAUUUGAUGAGCACGGUCUUGCAGCAUUUGUGGAAUGUCACCUUAGUGCAGCUUGUGUCCUUGAUGUAUCGUGAGCAGCAGCAAAGCACAAUUCGAAAGCUUAUUCACGAGUGGUUGGAAUCCUCUCUCUCAGAGAGUUCGGAGGAUGAUGAGAACAACACCAUGUCAUCGUCAUCCUCAGAUGCCAUCUCAACAUCUGAUCCAGUAUCAGACUCCUCAGAAAGGUUAUCUCCUGUUGACAGUGUCAACAAAGGGGAGAAGACGCAUCCAAAUGUAAAUGAAAGUAAUGAAAAUUCAGACACUUCAAGGAUUGCAAAGACAGAUAAAGAGGAUAGCUGCAAGGACAGUGGGUUUGGUCGCUCAGGUUCUAACAUGGAUUCGUCUCCCGAAGAGUCAGUCUCUGAGGGCACUAGUCAACAUAUGGGUAUGCAGAAAACGUGGAACUCCACUUCUACAAAUGAUGAUAGUCAGCAAUAUUCCACUGAUCAGACAUCAUCAGUAAAUAAUUUGGACCAAGUCCAGAAUAUAAAUGUACAACACAGUGAAAAUAAGCUGGAAAAUGUAUGUAUAGACCAAAUGGAAACCUCACCUUUAGGACUUGACAAUGUCAAGGAUAGCGCAUGUGACAUGAAAGAUGAACUGAGUGAAAGAGAAAGUGACCAAGGAGGAAGUGGAGGAAGUGAAGGGGGUAGUGAAGGGAGUAGUCCAGUGCCUGCGAUGGGCCAGGAAUCCCCAAUAUCACAGAUAGACAUUGAUAGUAGGGAUCCAAAUCCUCCGCAGUACAUUCAUAACGUUGAAGAUGAAAUUCUAACAGCUGUUGGCUCAUUGCUAAUGGAGGAUGGUGGCUGUGACCCAACACCAUUAAGAGUAGAGACCAUAGAUAACAUGGGCCAAAUGGACGAGGAGGUGAAUCAGCAAAUGUGUUCGUCACAGGAAUCCAUCAAGAGACCCCCAAACAAAGAGGAGUCAGGGUCAAGUGGUGAUUCAAGUGAGAAAAAGCCUCCACCUCAGUUGCCAAAGUUGCUUAAGAAUAAACCCUUAACGGGUCAGAAAAGAUCCAGACAUACAAUGUCACAGAAGAUGCUUUCAGAGAGCCAGGAGAAUAAUGAAUCAAGUAACUCGACAGGCUCGGAAUGUGACGAGGGCCCCCAUGCCAAGCGCCCACAUCAUCAGAAGCCUCACAAGAUGUUGAGCAAGCCAAGACCAGCCAAAAUGUUGCAGAAGGCACUACAAGAAAGAAACAUCAAGCGGAGUAAAUUGAUGAAACGCAAAGAGAGCAAUAGCAUAAAGGCAAAGGCCCUCUUACAUCAUCACCCAACAGCAGAUGAUAUUUCAAACUUACUGAAGGAGUUCACCGUUGACUUUAUGCUUAAUGGGUAUUCUAAUAUGGUACAGGGUUUAAGACUACAGGUUAUGUUACCCUACCAGAUUGAUCUUGACAAAUCUCAUGUUUUGUGGCUCAUAACUUAUUUCCUGCGCUUUGCUGUUGAGCUGGAUUUGGAACUCUCACAAAUUUGUCCAGUUUUAUCUGUUGAUGUGGUUUCAUACUUGGUAUAUGAAGGAGUAGUUAUGCAAGAAGAACUGGAACAAGCAGUCCGUUCUGGUGAAGACAACCUGCUCCCUCAUGUCAGACGCCUGCAUCUUGUGGUUACAGCUCUGAGAGAAUUUUUUGUAGCUUUAGACGUCUGUUUGAAGAAGGAGCAGAACCUGUGUAAUGCUGGGAAUUUAUUGCAGAUAAAAGCUGAUAGUGAUGAUGCAGCUGAAGAUUUCCCCGGCAAAAGGCGGUGCUGGAGCGCCUCGCGUUUGCAAUUACCCUCAAAACGAGUGGGACAAGCGAGCCGCCAGCGAAAGAAUGCUAAGAAUCUGAGCAACUUAGUUCUUGAACUGCUAGAGACACGCCCCAUCAUGCAAAGGAGGACACAACUGGUGACGCAGGACUGCACGUGCAUGGCUGUGCAAGAAAUCAAGCCUGAUAAAUUGAUAAACUUUGCCAUGUAG